UUGGGAUUGCCUUUUUGUGUGGAUCCGACGAUCAGAGAGCGAGAGGGAGAGAAGGGUAGGCGCGAGAGGGGAGCGUGUGAGUCAGAGAGAGACGGAGGUGAAACGAAAAGCCUCCAUGUUUCAGCUGCCUAUCUUGAAUUUUAGCCCCCAGCAGGUUGCGGGGGUUUGCGAGACUCUGGAAGAGAGCGGGGACAUUGAGCGCCUCGGUCGCUUCCUCUGGUCUCUGCCCGUCGCCCCAGCAGCCUGCGAGGUCCUCAACAAGAAUGAGUCGGUGCUUAGGGCGCGGGCCAUCGUGGCCUACCACACCGGGAAUUUCCGAGAACUCUACCACAUUCUGGAGAACCACAAGUUCACCAAAGAGUCUCACACUAAACUACAGGCCCUGUGGCUCGAGGCGCACUACCAGGAGGCAGAGAAGCUGCGGGGCCGCCCGCUAGGACCAGUGGACAAAUACAGGGUGCGGAAGAAGUUCCCUUUACCCAGAACGAUAUGGGACGGAGAGCAAAAGACCCACUGCUUCAAGGAGAGAACCCGACAUUUGUUACGAGAAUGGUACUUGCAGGAUCCUUACCCGAACCCGAGCAAAAAGAGGGAGCUCGCGCAGGCUACUGGACUUACUCCCACACAAGUGGGAAACUGGUUCAAAAAUCGUAGACAAAGGGAUAGAGCGGCGGCUGCGAAAAAUAGGCUACAACAGCAAGGGAUGUCCCAAGGCUCGGUUCGGUCUUUGGCAGAUGAUGAUGGAACCGUCGAUCGACUCGGUCCCGCCUCUAGUCCCGAGGCUAGUUUGUCAAGCAAAGCCGCCACCUCGGCUAUCUCGAUCACUUCCAGCGACAGCGAAUGUGACAUCUAAUGGCGCAUGAGGCAGUCCAGAGGAGGGAGAGGAUAAAUUCACAGGAGAUAAAUAAAGGAGAUCCUAAAAGACAAUCUAACAAAAAAACAGUCAGUGCCUGCGUUUGAAUUUAAAGAAACUGGUCUUCUUUGAUGGCUGCCAAAACAUGAGGGAUCUGACGGAAUGCCCUGUCUUAAAGCUAUACUUUCUUUUUGUUGUCGUUUUUCCGCUAUGGUUGGCUGAAGCUAAUACAAGCGGACAGAAAAUGUAAAGAAAAAUCAUAUUCAUAUUCACAAUCCCUUUUUAGGGAGGACUAAUAAACCAAUGCCUCAAGAUACAACUAAAAAUGAAGAAAAAAAAGACAUUUGAGCGCCUAACCUGCUAUUUUCUGUGGGUAUUUCAUGUUGAAAAGACGCUGUAAUAUUUUUACUUUACUUUUAAAGUUUUAUAAAUAAUGUUUAUUUACCUAUUUAAAUGAUUGGCUCUGUUAGAAUGUGAUAUUAUUUUGCUUGGUGUUUUUAAUAUUUACCUUGUGCACAGGUGAACCCGUUGAGCAUGUGCGCUUUAGUAAACAUGUGUUUCAGUAAAAACGUUUUUUUUAAAGAAGUAAAGAUAACUUAAUAAAAUAAUUGUUUAUCAAAAGAACAAAACAUCCGUUUUUUUAUUCUCAGAUU